UUCAACUGUUGAGAUAUGAUAUCUGUUCUGAUCUCACCUCUAUGUCUACUAAAUCAGGCUUCUUCCAUAGAAUAAUAUUAAGACUUUUGCUCACUUCUUACCUACAUUCAACAUCAGCUUGCACACAUCUCUACUUUUCUUCAAAUCAAUCAUGGACGAAGGACAAAAAGACGCCUCCACUACAAGCCUAGGACGUGGCAAAGGUACCUCUAGUUUAGGUAAUUUGACGUUCGUUGGGCUGCGAUCAGCAGAUUUCUUCCUUCAGCUUUACCUUCUUCGCCAAUAUCCUCUCAUCACUUCUGGCUCUAGCUUCCUUGGUCUGACGCCUUACUAUGCUAUCGUUGCAUCAUUGGCGCUCAUUACCUCCGUCCGUCACGAUUUCUGGAAGCUCUACACCAGCGACCAGAAGGCCUCUGUCAGCUUCGCCAUUACUGUAUCAGCAUUUAACACCAUCUUCAAUAGCCUGAACAUCGCGACGUCAUUGUGGUCCAUAACCUCCAAUGCGCCUGCAAUCGAACAAGGAAUGUUUGCUUCCUCUUCCCGGUCUCUUGGGCUGGGACUCUUCAUCCUUGGGAGCUUCUGCGAAACAUUUACUGAAUUACAAAGGAAAGCCUUCAAGGAUAAUCCAAACGAUAAAUGAAAGCUGUAUACCGGUGGAUUGUUUUCUUUGGCUCGACACAUAAACUUUGGGAGUUAUAUGCUGUGGCGUGUAGGGUUCUCGACAUUCUGCGGGGGUUGGGCUUGGGGCUUUGUGCAAUUGGUGUGCUUUGCCUUGUACUUCAGUCAGGUUGCAGUACCAGAUAUUGACAAGUAUCUUGCUGAAAGGUAUGGUGCUGCUUGGACAGAAUAUGAACACCAAACUCCGUACAACAUCCUGCCUUGGAUUUAC